AUGUUGAUAGCGUUUUUCGUUGGAUUUGUAGCUGGGAUUCUUGCAAUCCUGGGUUUGGAACUGAUAGUAUUUUUGGCUGUGGUGGGUCUAUUGAAUCGCAAAAUCCAACGAAGAAUCAAACAUGAAACCGAUGCGGCGGCAGCAGCAGCUCGGAAUCCCCAGCAUUCCCUCGAUUCCAUUUGCCAAAACAUGCAGGGGGUUGUUUGGGUUCUUGAUUCAGAAAAAAUUUCAUCCAAAGAGCAGAAGAGAAGAAAGGAUGUAACGAUAGAGGUCUCUCCUGUUCGAAAGCAUGCCAAAAUCCAGGAUCAGUACCUGACUCUCACGAGUUCCGAUUCGUCUUGCAUAUUUAUUCCUCUCAAGGGCUGCAUCAUUCAGGCUGUUUCUGCUACUAACUUGCUCAGGAAAUGGGCCAAGAGAUAUCCGUUAAAAGUCGAGAGCAAGAGUUCGCUAUACAAUGGAAGUAAAAUCAUUUACCUUUAUCUGGAGACUGCCUGGGAAAAGGAGUCUUGGUGCAAAGGUCUUCGUCUUGCUUCAUGUGAGGACAAUUACAGAUGGUUCAUCAAGUUGAAUGUAGACUUCCAUGCUUACAUGGCAUUGCUAAGUGCUGGAUAUUCCUCAUUUAUGAAGCCCUCCUUAGGCUUCAGUGCUGAGCCAACGGAAAAGGGAAGCAAGUCCGAUGGAUCUAUAUCAAAAGUCAAAUUAUUUUGGAAAAGGUUGUCAAAAAAGAAUUCAAAAGUUAGUGAGAAAAAGGGAAAUUCAAGUAAUCAAUCUGCCCUUGAGGAGAAGAAGACUUGUGAGAAACAGCAUCUAUGCCAAGAAUCAGUGUCAAACAGGUCGCUUAACACUUCAACUGAGGAAAAUAUGGCGUUUACAUCGCCACAAAGUUUUCCUCGUUCAGCAAGUCAAAAUGCUGCCUCUACUGCUGCUUCUGACUUUGAGUCUGAACAUGAAAAGCUUAAUUCUGAUGAAGGAAUACUUUGCUGGAACUUGAUAAUUUCUCGAGUCUUUUUUGACAUCAAAGCCAAUGCAGCAUUGAAAAGUUCCAUUCAAGCACGGAUUCAGAGAACAUUGUCCAACAUGAGGACCCCUAAUUACAUAGGUGAAGUCUUUUGUACUAACAUAGACAUUGGGAAUCUCCCACCUUAUAUCCAUGCGAUGAGGCUUCUUGGCAAUGACAUGAAUGAGGUAUCGGUGUUCGAGGUUGAUGCUGAGUAUUGUGGUGGAGUUCUGAUGGAUGUUGAGACAAGAAUUGAAGUUCGCGACCUAGAUUUUCAGAAAGGCAUAGAGAAUACAAAUUCUGAAUCAAACUCUGUUGAGAAUAUGUCUUCAGACCUUCUUGAAGGCUUUGAACAUUUCGGAAAGCAUUUGAAUCUUAAUAAAGAGGAUCUUGUCGACCCUAGAAUUGAUUGUGGAAAAGGCUCUAAAGAUAAAUCGGGUUCUCGAUUGAAGUCUGUCCUAAAUAACAUAGCCAAGCAGGUUUCACAGGUGCCUUUGACUUUAUCAGUAAGGGUUGUAUCCCUUCGAGGAACACUGCGUUUAUAUAUAAGGCCACCUCCUUCUGAUCAGUUAUGGUUUGGCUUCACAUCAAUGCCCGAUAUAGAGUUCGAUCUGGAGUCUUCGGUUGGGGAUCACAAGAUUACUAAUGGACAUAUCGCGUUAUUCUUGAUCAAUCGGUUUAAGGCAGCUAUACGGGAAGCAAUGGUGCUUCCAAAUUGCGAGAGUGCAUGCAUUCCAUGGAUGUUAGCAGAAAAAGAUGAUUGGAUCCCAAGGAAUGAUGCCCCAUACAUAUGGCUUCAAGAAGGCUGUUCCGAUAAGCGUGAUGCUCCGGCUCCGCAGGUUACUGAAUCAAAAGGCACGAAAAUAGUGGGAGCGCCUCGAAUAGGUCGCCGACACAAUGAUUGGGGGCCGAGGACGGGGAGGAGGGCGAAGCUACGUGAUUUCAAGAAGCAUGGGGAGAAAUUCGGAGAAAAGAAGCGUCACAUGGAGGAGAAGGGGAGACAUUUGGUUGAGAAGAUGAAAAGUAAAGAUAAAAUAAAUAAACUUGAGGUGGGUUGAACCAACUCAAACAGGCAUUUUCAGCCAUUGUUGAAGAGCUUAAACACUUAGGAUGGAUGACAUGUGAUAUAAAGGAUGUAAUAAAAAAAUAUAGAAAAAUAAAUGUGUAUAAAAAAAUGGGUAUA